AUUCAUAGAGCAUGCACAUUGAGACGCACAUUUUCUCUCUUUUUUCUUUUCCUCUCUUCUGUGUUUCUCUGUGACCUAGUUGCACCGAGGAGAAGAAGAAAAUGGCGAAAGUGAGUAUCUUUUUGUUGGGGUUUAUGCUGUUGCAUUGCUGGGUUGCCAUGAAUGAGGCAAAGUACGUGAAAUAUAAAGAUCCAAAACAACCUUUGAAUGUUCGAAUCAAGGAUCUGAUGGAUAGAAUGACUUUAGAGGAAAAAAUUGGACAAAUGACACAGAUCGAACGUAAGGUUGCUUCUGCAGAAAUAAUGAAGAAGUAUUAUAUUGGGAGUGUGCUGAGUGGGGGUGGCAGUGUUCCAAAGGCACAAGCUUCUGCAGAGGAUUGGAUUAACAUGGUGAAUGAUUUUCAAAAGGGUUCUUUAUCAACUAGAUUGGGGAUUCCUAUGAUAUAUGGGAUCGACGCUGUUCAUGGAAAUAAUAAUGUAUACAAUGCAACAAUUUUUCCUCAUAAUAUUGGGCUAGGUGCUACCAGGGAUCCUAAACUAGUGAGGAAAAUUGGAGCAGCAACUGCUCUCGAAGUUAGAGCUACUGGAAUUCAAUAUGCCUUUGCACCUUGCAUAGCAGUUUGUAGAGAUCCUAGAUGGGGAAGAUGUUAUGAAAGUUAUAGUGAAGACCACAAAAUAGUUCAAGCUAUGACUGAGAUCAUUCCAGGUCUGCAAGGUGAAAUCCCGGCAAACUCGCCAAAGGGUGUUCCAUUUGUUGCUGGAAAGAGAAAAGUUAUAGCCUCUGCAAAGCACUAUGUUGGGGAUGGAGGAACCACAAAGGGAAUUAAUGAGAACAACACAGUGAUAAGUAGACAUGGAUUACUUAGCAUUCACAUGCCAGCCUAUUAUAAUGCAAUCAAGAAGGGUGUUUCGACUGUCAUGGUCUCUUAUUCAAGCUGGAAUGGAAAAAAGAUGCAUGCCAAUCAUAAUCUAAUCACAAAGUUUCUUAAGAACCAUUUACACUUUAAGGGUUUUGUCAUAUCAGAUUGGCAAGGAAUUGAUAGGAUCACUACCCCUCCUGAUGCUAAUUACACAUAUUCCAUUUAUGCUUCAAUCAAUGCUGGAAUUGACAUGGUAAUGGUUCCCUUGAACUUCACAGAAUUCAUAGAUGGCUUAACCUUAUUGGUGAAAAGUAAUGCUAUACCAAUGAACCGAAUUAAUGAUGCAGUAAGGAGAAUUUUGAGGGUAAAAUUUGUUAUGGGCCUUUUUGAGGACCCUUUGGCCGAUCAUAGUCUAGUUCACCAACUUGGGAGUAAGAAACAUAGAAAAUUGGCUCGGGAAGCUGUGAGAAAAUCCUUGGUUCUAUUGAAGAAUGGUGAAAAUCCUAACCAACCACUUAUCCCUCUUCCUAAAAGAGUUCCAAAGAUAUUGGUUGCUGGAAGCCACGCUGAUAAUCUAGGAUAUCAAUGUGGUGGUUGGACCAUUGAAUGGCAAGGAGUUACUGGAAACAAUGUCACCAAAGGUACAACAAUCCUCAGUGCUAUAAAAAGCACAGUUCAUAAAGAUACCGAGGUAGUCUACAAAGAAAAUCCUGAUUUGGACUACGUCAAGUCCAAUAAUUUUUCAUAUGCCAUUGUGGUAGUUGGAGAGAAACCAUAUGCUGAAACAAACGGUGAUAGCUUGAAUUUGACAAUCUCUGCACCUGGGCCAGAAACCAUAGAGAAUGUGUGUGGACAAGUCAAAUGUGUUACUGUGAUAAUCUCUGGUCGUCCUGUGGUUAUACAACCAUAUGUUGACAAAAUUGAAGCUCUUGUUGCUGCUUGGCUUCCUGGUACGGAGGGAAAUGGUGUGACUGAUGUCUUGUUUGGUGAUUAUGGUUUCAGAGGCAAGCUUCCAAGGACAUGGUUCAAAACUGUUGAUCAAUUACCAAUGAAUGUUGGAGAUAGUCAUUAUGACCCCCUUUUCCCCUUUGGAUUUGGCCUUAAAACCAAAUCCCACAAAGCCAAUUAGGAAUUCAAAAUUAUGUGUUUUAGAAUUUUAGUCCAUUUUCUAUGCAUACAGUUUCUUGUUUCGUUUUCUAUUUAAUUUAGUAUAAUACAUUGUUAUUCUCCUAUUUAUCUUCAAAUUUGGAAAAUGAUGUGCUUGGAUG